AAAUGCUUAACUUAAAUCAAUUUAAAUCAAUGAAAAACAAACUUAAUACAACACUCCUUCAUGUACUUUCAGCAAUCAAUUUCACAAAUAGAACCCUAAAUCAUUAUCUGCUGGAAGAAUUCUCGAUUAUUCUUCCUUAAAUGGUAUCUUUGAACCCUGAUAGACCGGAGGGAUUUUACUUGGAUGCUAAUGGCAUUGAUUUGCCGGGAAUCAAUCCAUUUACCACGAAUUCUCCGAUGACGCCUUCUCCAACUGAUGAACCGAGUAGCAAUAAGAAGAUUAGAAAACCGUAUACUAUUACUAAAUCUCGUGAAAGUUGGACUGAACCUGAACAUGACAAGUUUCUUGAAGCUCUCCAGCUUUUUGAUCGUGAUUGGAAAAAAAUCGAAGUUUUUAUUGGGUCCAAAACUGUUAUCCAGAUACGUAGUCACGCUCAGAAGUACUUUUUGAAGGUUCAAAAGAGUGGCAGCAACGAGCAUCUACCUCCUCCUCGGCCGAAACGGAAAGCUGCCCAUCCAUAUCCUCAAAAAGCUUCUAAAAUAGCUAAUGGAUCUUUGCAAGCAUCUCCAUCGCUCGAACCUGGACCCCAAAGGCUAGACUCAACGUUAACACCCCAGCAUCAUAACAGAACAACAGUUGUAUCUUCAAUGGUCACUGACACUUUUCCUGAUGCAGCAAAAGGUGAGCUGAAAUCCUCAGGUUCAAUCACUAAUAAGUGUUCAAGCAGUAUGGAAAGCACAGCUAUGGCAUGCACUGCUGAUAAAUUGAAUGCAUCAAUGAAGCAUGCUCCAGCAUUAAGAGUUUUGCCAGAUUUUGCUCAAGUAUACAACUUUAUUGGUAGUGUCUUUGAUCCGGAAGCUAGUGGUCAUUUGCAGAUGCUUAAGAAGAUGGAUCCAAUUGAUGUUGAAACAGCAUUAUUGUUGAUGAGGAACCUUACCAUCAAUUUGACGAGUCCUGAUUUUGAGGACCAUCUAAUUGUUGAUUGCCGAGUUUUGCCAUUUGUUAACAUCUAUACCAACCAACGCACAUGGUGGUUGUUUAUUGGUCUUCCCUUGGUGAAGGGGAUAAGAAUGGUUUAAGAUGUGAUUCCUGAAGCUUAGAUGCUAAUCUUUAGCGAUAAGAAUGCUCUCAUCCUACGACCUUGACACCAAGAAUGGCAUUUCUGAUGGCAAGAGAGAUAUCUUAUGCGGUAAGUAGUUGUAGCGCCCUAAUCCAAAUGGGUGGAGCCAUGAACUAAGCACUUUCCCGGACCUUUUUUAACUUGCCGAGAUAUAAUUAGCCUAGUUUUUCUCAUUUUUUCUUCAGCAUGCUCAAGUGUAUCUAGAAGUAUUUCGUAAAGUAGUUGCUUUGUGGUUAUACAGGUUGUAAAGCACUUUGUUAUUAAAGAAUGUCGUGUAUACGAGGCUCUGUAUAUUUAUGAGGAU